AUGCCUAGGGAACAUUGGUCCAGCGCGUUCUUCAUUGGCUGUAGAUUUGGUCAGACUACAUCAAGCGUUGCUGAGUCCUUCAAUAAUUGGAUUCGUAAAGACAAGAGGUUGCCUGCCUGCGCCCUUGUUGACAUGAUCAGGUGUUCUUUUUGUUCCAUUCAGAAUGAACGUCGCGAAAUGAGUCUUUUGAUGGACCCAGAGAAGCUCACUCCUACCUACGAGGCGUUACUUAAAGAACAUAUUCAAAUUGGUCGAGUUUGGAAUGUUACUCAGUCAUCUGCGUAUGAGUAUGAGAUUCAUUCACCUAGGUCUCACACUGUUGAUCUGCUGAACAAGACUUGCACCUGCCAAAGAUGGCGUGUUUAUGGUUUUCCAUGCUCUCAUGCUACAGCAGCUAUUUCUGCCAAGGGUGAUCGAUACGUAGAUUAUAUCGAAGACUAUUUCAAAGUUACAAAUUUUCAGCAGCUGUAUUCAAUUAUUAUCAGACCAAUCCCCAACUACAACAGGCCAGAGAAGUAUCUUCCAGAGGAUACUAUUUUUCCACCCCAUCCACGAGUUCCACCAGGUAGGCCAAAGGGAAAUCGUAUCAAGAAUGCAUGGGAGAAAGCUAGGAAGUCCGUCCGUUGUUCCAACUGCAAGAAGAAAACUCACCACAACAAGAGUGCUGAAAUUAUGUACUGUUUGAUAUCUUUCUGGGACAAGGUUGAUUUCCAAGUCAUUGUGGCUGUUCAGGAUUUUUGGAGUACAUCUAUUAUGUACUCUAAGUUCUUCUAG